AGCAAAAUUGACCAUAUAAUUAAAAACAAAGCUUAAAAAUUAUUCAUAUUUUUAAGAGAAUUAAUUUCAAACUCAAUUCGAAUUUUUAUCAUUGAAAAUGAAAAAUAUCACCAAAAUUUUUUUUUUUUUUUUAAAUAUAUUAAUUUUUUUUAUGAAAAUGAACAAAUAAAUAAAAAAAAAAAUUAACAAAACAACAACAUAUAAAUAAAUAAUUUUUUUUUUUUUUCAAACAAACAUAAAUAAAACACAAAACAUACACAAUAAAACAUAAAUAAAACACAAACAUACACAAUAAAACUCGAUACCCCCAAACUUAAUUUAAGCAUUGUCCUCAAUGUGUCAAAAUAUAAAUAUAAAUUAAAAUUGACAAGAGUGUAAGGUUUAGAAUGGUCGUACCUCGAUAUUGUGCAUUGCGAAGAGAGAACAAGAUACAACUAACAAAAAUUAAAUCACACAUAAAACAACAAUACAAAUAAAACACAAGUUAUCAAGAUCACAUAGGAAUUAAAGAGCAUAGAAAACAGGGUCCUCAAGGAGCAUCUCAUCCACUUCAUCAGAUUUUAAUUCUAAAAAUGGUUUUAAUUUUUGUCCAUUAACUUUAAAUAUAUCACCAUUUUUAGGAUUUUCAAUUUCAAUAGCUCCAUGUGGAAAAACAAUACGAACAAUGUAAGGACCGGACUACCUAGAGCGUAACUUUCCCGGGAAUAAAUGCAAACGAGAGUUGUAUAAAAGAACUUUCUGACCUGGAUAAAAAUCUUUUCUCAAAAUAUUUUUAUCAUGGUAAAAUUUCAUACGAUCCUUAUAUUUUUUUGAAUAGUCAUAAGCAUCAUUCCUAAUUUCGUCUAGUUCAUUUAGUUGAAGCUUUCGUUUCUCAACUGUUUUGUCUAAAGAAAAGUUUAACUGCUUAAUUGCCCAAAAAGCUCUAUGUUCUAACUCAACAGGCAAAUGGCAUGCCUUCCAAAAACGACAUCGUUUUACAAGAAGAACAACAAGUCAUUGACAUAGCCGGUAAUGUCACCGGAAACGAACCAGAGCGGCCAUUGUCGUUUGUGCUCUGUUUCAGUAACCUCACUUACAGUGUCAAGCUUCUUCGUCCGAACAAGUUCAACGUAUUCCGGCGGAGAACGGCCGUACCUCCGGAAGAGAAAACGAUUCUGGAUAACAUCUCCGGAGAAGCUUACGACGGCGAGAUUCUGGCACUGCUGGGAGCAAGCGGUUCGGGGAAAACGACGUUAAUCGAUGCUCUUGCUAAUCGGAUUGAGAAAGAGAGCUUGAAAGGAACCAUGACUCUGAACGGAGAGUUCGUAGACUCGCGGCUCUUGAAGGCCAUUACUGGGUACGUAAUGCAAGAUGAUCUCUUGUACCCGAUGCUUACGGUGGAAGAAACGCUCACUUUCGCGGCGGAGCUCCGGCUUCCGAGGUCGCUGCCCAAGUCGAAGAAGAAGGCACGAGUUCAAUCUUUGAUGGAUCAGUUGGGGCUUCGAAACGCUGCCAACACCAUAAUCGGCGACGAGGGGCAUCGUGGAGUUUCCGGCGGAGAGAGGAGACGAGUUUCGAUCGGUGUUGACGUGAUUCACGACCCGAUUCUUCUGUUCCUAGAUGAACCCACUUCGGGACUCGACUCCACUAGUGCGUUCAUGGUGGUGAAAGUCUUGAGAAGAAUCGCCGAGAGUGGAAGCCUCGUUGUUAUGUCCGUACACCAACCGAGUUACCGUAUUCUUGGCUUGCUCGACCGUUUGAUCUUCCUCUCCGGCGGGAAAAUAGCUUACCGUGGUUCUUCCACGAACCUUACUGAAUUUUGCUCUGCUUUCGGCCACCCGAUUCCGGAAAACGCUAACCAAGUUGAGUUCAUGCUCGAUAUGAUUUCCGAGCUCGAAGCUUCUCCUACCGGAAUCACCAGCUUGGUGGAGUUUAACAAUCUUUCCAGCUCCGGCGCCGACUAUCGUCAGGCUCCGCUACUCAAAGAAGCAUUAAAGGCGGGAAUUUCCAAAGGAAAGUUCAUCACAUCUAACAACGACAGCAUAAGCAGUCCGAUCAACGGAAAAGUCUCCGGUAUCCGAAAAUUCGCGAACCCCAUAUGGAUUGAAACGCUGGUUCUGACGAAGCGUUCGAUGCUCAAUUCUCGGAGGACCCCAGAACUAUUCGUGACUCGUUUGAUCACUGUUUUAACCACUGGUCUUUUACUGGCCACCAUUUAUUGGCGUCUCGACGAUUCUCCAAAAGGGAUUAGAGAACGAAUGGGAUUCUUCGCUUUCGCCAUAUCCACCACUUAUUUCUCGAGCUGUCAGUCUCUUCCUCUCUUGCUCCAAGAACGAUUCAUCUUCACCAGAGAAACCGCCUUCAACUCGUACCGAAGACUCUCCUACGCUCUCUCCCAAGCCAUAACAAUCCUCCCACUCCUACUGGUUCUCUCGCUCGCGUUCUCGACGGCGACGUUUUGGGCAGUGGGACUCGCCGGAGGACUCUGGGGCUUCGUUUUCUACCUCUGCAUCGUCUCGGGUUCGUUCUGGGCCGGGAACUCGUUCGUCGUAUUCCUCUCCGGGUUGGUACCUCACGUGUUGGUCGGGUUCACGGUGGUGGUGUCCGUCUCCGCCUACUUCCUCCUCCUGAGUGGAUUCUUCAUCAGCCGGAAUCGGAUUCCCGAUUACUGGGUUUGGUUCCAUUACCUUUCUCUGAUCAAGUACCCAUACGAGGCUGUUAUGAGGAGAGAAUUCGAAGACCCGGCAAGGUGUUUCAAGCGAGGAUUGGAUAUGUUCGAUGGCACGCCGUUUGCUAAUGCACCGGCCGCCGUGAAGGAGGUGGUGUUGGGGAACCUGAGCACGGCGGUGGGAAUCAAUGUGACGAGCACCACGUGUUUGAAGAAUGGAUUGGAUGUGUUGAAGGAAGUGGGGAUCACUGAGCUGAGUAAUAAGUGGGAAUAUUUGGCUAUUUUGGUAGCUUGGGGAUUGUUUUAUAGGAUUCUCUAUUACAUUUCUUUGUUGAUUUUAUGGAAAAAUAAGAGGAAAUAAAUUUAGUGUAAUGGUUUUUGGAAUACAAUUUAGGUUCUAUGUCAGUUAUUGUGUCCAAUUAAUAUAAUAAUUGAUAUCUCAUAUUACUAAAUGAGGUAAUUUUUUUUUAAUUAAAGGAAAUUUUAUUUUAAUUAAAGGAAAAUUAAAUGAUAGGUUAGUAUUAUAUUGGUUAGAUAUAUUAUGUAAUGCACUAAUUUGAAGGAGAAUCUGAUUUUUGGGUGUGUCAAUAUUAUGUAUGAUUUUAUUUAGUUAUUAUUAUUAUUUUUUUAUUUUUACUUUUUAGUUUUUGAAAUUUUUAUGGUAGGGAUUUCAAAAAGAAUUUUAUCAGUGGAGUUUUUUUGUGUUCUCAAUUCGUAAAUAGUUUUCGGCGCGAAUUUUUUGAUAAUCGUAUAUAUUGUAGUUAUUUAAAGCUUCCUGCAAAUUUUUAAAAAAUUCCGAAUAAUUUACCGUGCCGAAAACUAGUUUAAAAACAUGUUAUUGCGCGCGUGGAAAAUAGCAUGUGUUUACCGAGUUUUUCGGCAACUAUAAUUAUGAAAGAUAAGAGAGCUUAAAAAGAAAUGAUUUUGAAAAUGCAAACAGGAUUUUUACGUGGUUGGAGCGUUAAUGAACCUUAAUCCACGAGUCAGUUGUAUUUGAACUUAAAGAGCUUUUUACAAUGGAGUUUUCUACAAGUUUUAGCAGAAUAACUAGGCACAAGCCAAAAGCCCCCUACCCGAGUGCUAUGUCACACAUAUUUAUAGGCUCACUGGGCUUGGGCCGAGCUGACCCGGGCCCAAUAAAGAUACAAAUAUUAUUGGCCUCUCUAUGGGAAGCCCAAUACCAAGGGUAAAAACAUAAAAGACGAACAUUAACCAGAGCCCACGGGGGUAGCCCAAAGCUUAUCUAUCACCCAACAAAUUGGGGGCUUUCGGUCUGCGCAUAUCGAGUUACAAGACAGACCCAGAUGACAAGACUAGUCGGAGUAGUAACAGCACAGGUCUGAAACGGCGGCGCACGACCCCGAGGCGGACUUGUGAGUAGGCGAAAAGUGACAAUCCCCUUCAGGGUCACGGAUGCCUUUUCCUGCCAACCUCGAGGGCGUGGCCCAAGUUCGCUUACCUCAGUCCCUCUUCGUUUACCACAGGCCCAGACCGUUUACCAGGCUUUGAGAUCGUUUUGCGCACUCCGGGACCGUAUCCCCAAUUGGCCAUGCGCCUCCCGGGCAACUGUCACAAACGAUCCUCCCGGACACCAUCCGGGGUCCGGAAUCACACUUGGGCCAUCGUCCUUGGUUAAUCCCGUGCUACGCGGGCCUGGGCGGGGCCCUUAUCCAAUCGACCAGGCCAUGGGCCUGGACCAUCGUCCCGGGCCCACGGCAGGAAAUAGGGAUAACAACAUGUUUGAACUUAGUUUACGGCAUUGUAAAUUAUUCGAAUUUUUUUAAAAAUUUACAAGAUGUUCUAAAUAACUAUAAUAUACAUAAUCAUCAAAAAAAUUGCACUAAAAAUUAUUCACAACUCUUUUUAAAAUCCCUAACAUAGAAUACUCUUUUAGUUUUUUCAUCAACAAUUGUUUUACGAAUACUUAGGCCAAUCUAUGAGACGAGGAGUAAAGUAAUUUUUUAAACAAAUCUAUAUGUGCCCAAUAGAAUAAAAAGGAUCUAGGCCACCCAUAUAGAAUAUUACUAAGGCAUAUAUGGUGGAAUGGAAAUCUCUUCUCAAAAAUUGUAUGAAUCUAACAUGUAAUAAUGCAAUUAUUUGUACUAAUGACUAAAAUUAAAGAGUCCCACAUGUUUUUUAUUUUAAAUUAAAAUAUAUUAGAUGGGUAUUAAAUUACAUCAAUUAUUGUAUUUGGCAUUAACUGCUUUUGUAAAUCAUGGUGUUCCUUAACAAUAUUAUUUCAUAUC